AUCCCGCUGACCAUUGGCAACGCAGAGAAACUGAAUCCUGACCAGAACUUCGUCAUUUUACAGAACAGCACGGCCCCUGUUCGUUUCGCGAGCCGCCACCAGGGCUUGAACAUGGUCACCAACGUGCAUGCCCAACCGGACACAGGGGAUCAGAGCCGCGGUGAGGACGUCAGUCUCAACAUCGUGGCCGAGCUAAAAGACCGCGCCAGGUCACUGGUCUUGGCUUUGGAUAACACGUCCUCCCCAGGUGAGCAUGGCGUGGUGGUCAGCCUUCCCAUACACGAUCUUGAAGUUCUGCUGCGAUCAAGUGAGAGGUUUGACCUGCCACUGAUCCCCCAGUCUAGUUAUAACAUACCUGCCAUAGAGGACAAGUCCAUACCCCCCGCAGUCAAUCCGUCUCAAAAUGACAGUAAAACUUCACUAAUCUACUCCAAGUUAGGGCCCAAUCUAAAUGACACCCUUUCUCGGGUAGCUACACAAAACGACAAUGGAAAACCAACAGAAUCAGCAUCUGAUAGACUUCAGGUAAACACAUCCAAAAUCAUGGCAGAUAUGACUUUACCUCCCACAACAACUUCAACGUCAACAUCGUCGCAAUCCGACAACAGCCUGUACACCACCAGAACAAUAAACCCUUUCCCUGAUACACGGCAGUCCGACCCGGCGAUUAUAGCAACGUACCCAGGUCAUGUUGAGCCUUUAUCCCGGGCGAUUCCAACGGUUUCUGAUAUCGACAUCUUCUUAGACCCGAUAAUCCCCUUCACCCCAUCACAGCUGCCUAAUCGUAACCAUGGAGUCGAUAUUCUCCAGAAUCGACGUGAGAUUAACACGAUAUCUUACGACCUACAAGUCCCAACUGUCGCGUCUCCAUCAGAAGUUCCGAACUUUUAUCAAGACGACUUCCCCGUGGCUUCAAAUUACAGACAGGCUGAGGCUGCGCCUAAGACGGAUUCCGAUUCGCGUGCUUUCCUACUCAGCGCACUUCAUCCGGGUGAGCUUCUCCCUAGAACGAACUCGGAGGCUCAAGCGAACAGAUGGCGAAGCACGGGAAACGCCCCAGCCGUUUUCGGAAACUCCAGGCCUUACAACUUUGAUACAGCAGACACUGUUGAUUACGUCGUCGACCAUUUUGUACCGCGCCAAGCUGCCUCCACUCUGCCGAGGACUCUAGCGCAGAAGGACAGCCACAAGGAACAUCUCUACAUGGCUAGCGAUCAACAAACUGUCAGCGAUAAACAGCAACAACAACAACUGCAAAACGCUUUGAGGACUUUAAUGACGAACAGGAUCCACCGAAUCAAUCCAUCCCCCGAAACCGUUUCCCGCCCGCCCGCAUCUGUCCCCUACCAAGGGGACCUGAAUCGAUUUUUGGAAGAGCUCUCUUCGUCUCAGACAUCAACCUCCCUGCCAAUUGCGCCAACAACAGGAGAGAACGACAACCCCACCGUAUUCCCGAAGUGCCGGUUCCAGUGUGUGUUUUACCGUGAACCCUCCAACGGACCGCCAAUCCUGUUGGACGAGAU